UCUAUUUAUGUUUUUAAUACUGCAACAAAGGAAUUUGAUGACUACAUUUCCCAUUAUUCCUUUCAAUCCCGACAUGCAAGAUGUACAGUGGCGUCACAGGCGUUUGGUAACGUAGUCCCCGCACGUAUUUUUCAUUCAGGCAGCAUUUGAAUAAGGAAGAUGGCGGCUGCAGCGGUGGUUGAGUUUCAGAGAGCUCAGUCUCUCAUUAGCACGGAUCGCAACGCCUCUAUCGACAUCCUACAUUCAAUAGUGAGAAGAGAUGUUCAAGAGAACGAUGAGGAAGCGGUUAGAGUUAAAGAACAAAGCAUCUUGGAGCUGGGCACACUGCUGGCAAAAACGGGACAAGCUGCAGAACUUGGUGGACUCCUGAAAUUUGUGAGGCCUUUCCUGAUGUCCAUCAGUAAGGCCAAGGCGGCUCGGCUCGUCCGCUCUCUGUUAGAUCUAUUCCUUGACAUGGAAGCAGCAACGGGGCAGGAGGUGGAGCUGUGUCUUGAAUGCAUUGAAUGGGCCAAGGCUGAGAAGAGGACCUUCCUACGACAAGCUCUGGAGGCACGACUGAUCUCGCUCUAUUUUGACACCAAAAGAUACCAGGAGGCCUUGGCUCUCGGCUCCCAGCUGCUCCAGGAGCUGAAAAAGAUGGAUGACAAAGCUCUUCUGGUUGAGGUGCAGCUGCUUGAAAGUAAGACAUACCACGCCCUCAGUAACCUGCCCAAGGCCCGCGCAGCCCUCACUUCAGCCAGAACCACCGCCAACGCCAUUUACUGUCCUCCAAAGCUCCAGGCAGCUCUGGACAUGCAGUCAGGGAUCAUCCAUGCAGCAGAGGAGAAAGACUGGAAGACAGCCUACUCCUACUUCUUUGAGGCCUUCGAGGGUUACGACUCAAUCGACAGCCCCAGAGCCAUCACAGCACUCAAAUACAUGCUCCUGUGCAAAAUUGUACUCAACUCGCCAGAGGAGGUACAAGCCCUGAUCAGCGGUAAACUGGCCCUCAGAUACGCAGGCAGACAGACAGAAGCAUUGAAAUGUGUAGCCCAGGCCAGCAAGAACAGAUCAUUAGCAGAUUUUGAAAAGGCCCUCACAGAGUACAGAGCAGAGCUGCGGGACGACCCAAUCAUCAACACUCACCUGGCCAAGCUGUACGACAACCUGCUGGAACAAAACCUCAUCCGAGUCAUUGAACCAUUUUCCAGAGUGCAGAUAGAACACAUAUCAGGUCUAAUCAAACUAUCUAAGGGCGAUGUUGAGAGGAAAUUAUCACAAAUGAUUCUGGACAAAAAGUUUCACGGAAUCCUCGACCAAGGUGAAGGUGUUUUGAUCAUAUUUGAAGAACCCCCAGUGGACAAAACAUACGAAGCAGCUUUGGAAACAAUUCAGAACAUGAGCAAAGUCGUGGAUUCGCUUUACAACAAAGCCAAGAAGCUGACAUAGAUCACUGCAGCAGUGAGAUGGAGAAACUGUGUGUUUGACCAGCGUGUGCAACAUUUUCAGAGGGGACAAGGGAGAGCAACAGGAAGUCCCACAAACUGCAACAAAACAGGAUCCCCCACCAUCAAACCCUCCCCCCUCUCUACCCCUCCUCCACGGACAAUUUCAUCACUUUUUUUUUUUUCCCUUUUCUUUUUAUUCUUUUUAAUUUUGAUAUCUCUUCAGGAUUCUGUAUAACACUCAGCGGCCAUAUCAGGCCAUCAGGGAAUAUUGUACAACCACAAUAAAAAAAGAUGGAAAGGUUUAAGAAUAUAUAUAUGUUUAUAUCUGCUGUAAGGUUCGGCCUGCCAAGCCUUAAAGCUGACUCCACUGCAACCUCAAAGGUGCAACUUUGACCUCUGUGGCCUCGGGCUCUGCGAGGCUUUCUCUUCCUCCUCCAUAUCUUUCAGAAGCACACUGUUCAGUUUUUGGAAGGUUGGGAUGCUCCUUGGAGUGCUGAUUUUUAGCCCAAGAGCUCCCUCUAGCUCUUUUUUUUUUUUUUUUUUUUUUCCCUCCUCCUCCUCGCCAUAUCAAUGCCAACAGUUAGUCCCCUCUGUAUUUCAGAUAUGUAUUAAACACUUUCUUUGUUUUUGGUUUUUGUGUUUCUUUUUUUUUUUUUUUUUUUUUUUUUUUUUUUAAAAAGGAAAUCAGAUGGUUGCCACGUCUGCCCCUCCUGCUAUUAUAAGUUUCUAGAACAGACAGGAUGCCAUUUCACCACUAGUGCCAUGUUUUCGGCGCUUCUGUUUGCCUCAGUGUUUGGAUGCAAUGAGAUCGCAGGGUAGAGGUGGAGAUCAUCGCCUCUGAGCGUCUGUGAGUUAACCCGGGUGAACAGUUCUCCAUUGUUAGUUCCUAGCACUAGUGUGGUAUGCUAGCAACCAAACAAUUUGUAUGGUUUUGAUUUGGUUUUUGAUUUUUUUUUUCUUUUCUCGUUUUGUUUUUCUCUUAUAAAGACAUUUUCGAAAAUAAAUAUUUUGUAUUUUAA